AUGACAUCGACGUCCGUGAUAACUCAGACUCGCGAGCUUGCGGUCUUCGAAGACGAGGGCGACAACAAUGACUUCAUGAGUCUUGUUAUCUCCCUCCAACUCGAGGACCUGGAAGCAAUGGAAGCCACCGACAAAGGUAAAGCCCGCGACGACUCCGGGUUAGGGGACACCGUGUACAGCAUAUACAGAGCGGAGCUGGAGGCGAUGCGGCGCUGCCUUGAAGAUCAGAAGAUCGCGCAGAGUAUGGAUGCCGCGCUGGACGCGGAUGCGGGGAUCCUGGAGGAGGUCUUGCGAGAGGAGGCAAUUGCCCGUCGUGACCAUGAACUGGCGGUUGCGCUCUCGCAGGGCCGAGAGAUACCCCAAGAAGAGCCGCAACCUCAGCCUGCAGCAAAGCCGCCGGGGGAGGGUUAUCGUCCGUCGGCGACGAGCACAAGAACUCCGACGCCUGUUCAGCAACCGAAGACCAAAGAGGUCUCUGAGCACUCGAUUUCACCUAGAUCCCAAACGUCGUCAAGUGAUGGACAAGGGACGAGUAUCGCGUCCAGCUCAAGGAUAAUUACAGCAGUGCAGAAUAUAAUCAAGUUCGAGUGCGUGAUCUGCAUGACCUCCGUCGGCUCCGAUCAGGCAGUCAAGGUCCCUUGUGGGCACCACUACGACUUUGACUGCCUCGUUGAGCUCUUCCUCCAGGCAACCAAAGACGAAAGCCUCAUGCCCGCGCGCUGCUGCAAACAACCCAUCCCGCUCGACCUCGCGCGCCCGCACCUGACAUCGCAACAGGCCCUCGAGUAUCGCGCGAAGGAGAUCGAGCACGACACGCCGAACAGGCUGUACUGCCCGCGUGCGACGUGCUCCGCCUUCCUCGGCGCGGCGGGGGGCGCCGGUACUGUGACGUGCUACCGGUGCGCGGUAAGGGUGUGCAAGGAGUGCAAGGCGCUCGAGCACCCACUGGGGGAGUGCCGCCCUGACUUUGGCGACGAGACGAUGCUCGAGCUUGCUAGAAGGGAGGGAUACCAGCGCUGCCCGGUGUGCCACCGCUUCACGGAGCUCGCGCAUGGGUGUUACCACAUGACGUGCGUGUGCAGGGCCCAGUUCUGCUACCUCUGCGGGGCGCGCUGGAAGACGUGCAAAUGCCGGGAGUGGGACGAGGAGCGACUGCUAGACCGCGCGCAGGCGCAGGUCCGAGCGGAGUUCGGGAGGCCCGCCCAGGCGGCACAGGUGCCCCUCUUUCGCCAGCGCGUCGCGCAGGCCGUGGAUUACCUACGAGAUAACCACGACUGCUCACACCCAAGGUGGCGGUACCGCGCUGGCGGCGACAACUGCGAGGAGUGUGGCCAUUAUUUGCCGCAGUUCUUGCUGCGUGUGUUCGGUGCACCAGGAACCGUCUCUAAGACGGCUGUCACCUGGAUGUGA